AUGCACAUAAUUUUGGCUACUUGCGCCUUACUGCAGAUCUUGGUCCUUGUAAGAGCCGUUCCUGCUCCCAAUUCGGCCAUUCAGAGACUUUUGCAAAUCCCUGCUGGUCACACUCAGGAUGUUCUCCGCAUCGGCAAUCCUCCAUUCACCCCGGGCCAUCGUGAUCCAUUUGACCACAAAGUUGACUCAGUAGGAGAUGAUCGGGAACCUCUUCCUUACCGCGGGGGUAAUGGUGCAUCGAUUGAGGGGCCGAGGAACAAAGACCGUGAGAAGCAAAAUCCUGAUCUGGUGCGUCCUCCGAGCACGGAUCAUGGCAGCAUGUCAAAUAUGCGAUGGAGUUUUGCCGAUUCGCACGUUCGGAUUGAAGAAGGAGGAUGGACUCGACAAACUACGAUCCGUGAACUGCCAACUAGUCGUGAGCUCGCUGGUGUGAAUAUGCGCUUGGACGAGGGAGUAUAUCGCGAGUUGCACUGGCACACUGAGGCGGAAUGGGCCUACGUACUUGCAGGCAGAGUCCGGGUGACGGCACUGGAUCCUGACGGCGGCAGUUUUAUCGAUGAUCUCGAAGAGGGUGAUCUGUGGUAUUUCCCAGCAGGAUUCCCCCAUUCUCUUCAAGGACUCAGUCCCAACGGCACUGAGUUCCUUCUGAUUUUCGACGAUGGCAACUUCUCUGAAGAGUCUACUUUUAUCCUCACUGACUGGCUAGCCCACACCCCAAAGUCAGUCCUAGCUGAAAACUUCCGCGUCAAACCAGAAAGGUUCCUCACCAUUCCCCCGUCCGAAAAAUAUAUCUUCAAGGGUACAGUACCAGACAGUAUUGAGCACGAGAAACCCCGCGGUUUCCAAAAGAGCAAACUUCAAUUCACUCACCGCAUGCACGCCCAAGACCCCAUCCGAACAAGUGGUGGAUCUGUGCGAAUCACAGAUUCAACCAACUUCCCCAUCUCAAAAACCGUAGCUGCAGCACAUCUAGAAAUUGGUCCUGGUGCACUUCGAGAAAUGCACUGGCAUCCCAACGCAGAUGAGUGGACUUACUUCAAAAAGGGCCGAGCGCGCGUCACUGUCUUUGCCGCAGAAGGAAAUGCUCGCACAUUUAACUACCUGGCUGGAGAUGUGGGUAUUGUCCCUCGAAAUAUGGGUCACUUCAUUGAGAACUUGAGCGAUGAGGAACCACUUGAGGUGCUGGAGAUUUUCCGUGCGGAUAAGUUCCAGGAUUUUUCGCUUUUUCAAUGGCUCGGGGAGACUCCGCGGCGCAUGGUUGCAGAGCAUAUCUUUGCUGAUGAUCCUAAGGCUGCUGAGGAGUUUUUGAAGCAGAUUGAGGGAGCUGAGAAGGAUCCUAUUAAGGAUAAAUACUAG